GAGAUGUUAUAAAGAAGAGAAGUCCUAUAAAAGGAAACUCAUUAUUAAACAACCAUCUCCAGUCUCUAAGUCUCCACACAUGAUAUAAAUUUUCUCCUUUUGGUUCUUUCUUUAAAUGCAUUUCUUCUCUCCAAGCAUUCCAAAUGGGAGAGUGGGUGGUUCGUGGCAGAAUAGAUCAAACCUAACUUUGCUGACCCCGGGCAGUUUUUGAUAGUUAUAUAGUUUCUUUCUUUAAUAUGGAGAAGAAGAGGGCAGUGUUAUUGGGUGCGACUUUAUUUGUGUGCUGGUGAGCCAAGUAAGUAGCCAUUUGGCUUCUUCUCUUGAAGUUCCCAAGCAAAAACCUUAGGUGGAAAAAGCCUUGGAGAGUUGGCCUUGGUUUUGGCGUUAAAACUAAAAGAGAGAGAGAGAGGGGGAGGGAGUUUUUGUGUGCGUGUAGGAGCUAUUUCAGUUUCACCUUGCACUCGCACUUUAUUCUCGUCUUCAAAUUCGAUACUUUGCUCUGUGCCCAGAACGAGGUUUUUCGUUUGCCCUGAGUGCGCUCCCCAUCCCUUCUCUCUUUUUGUGUCUCCUACAUUGUCUUAUUCUGCUCUCAGAAUCUCAUAGUCUUACUUCCACGCAUCAUUUCUCUCUGUCUGUUCCUGGUGUUAAUUGCCUCUCUUUCAGUUUCUCAUAUUUUUCCUCAUUUUCUCUGUUUUUCUGUACUGGACUCAGAAGGGUAGAGAUGGAAGAAAGCCUGAACCGGGCAACUGGGUAUUUCUUGGAUUUCUUUUUCUGUUCGUAAAAUGCAGACGAACUGGGACUUCCUCUGUCGCCUCAAUUGUUUUCUCUUCAUUUCUUCAGGAAUCAAAUAAUUUUCUUCUUCUCCCUCUCCUUAUUCAUUGGGUUCCCCCCCCCCCCUCCCCCCCGUUAGUUUUAUCAUAAAACCAGAAACUUCUUGUUGGGCUCUUUCCAGAAAACUUUGCUUCCAGGAUUCUUUCUAUUCUGAGCAGGACCCAGAAGAUUUUGAGUGAUUGUUUAAUAAAGGGGAACGAAAUUUACCAUCAUUGCCAUAACAAUCUGGAAAGCUUUAUGAAUUUGUGAAACAAUGAGAGAUGGGAACUCGAAGAAAAGCAAGCUUUCAUGGCCCAAGACACUGGUCAAGAAGUGGUUCAAUAUCAAGAGCAAAGCUGAGGAAUUUCAAGCAGACGAUGUCGUUUGUGGAGGUAUUGAUGAGGAUUGGAGGACCAAAUUCUCAGAGAGAGAGGCAUGCACCAUCAAGAAAAGCAAAACAGAAAGAAUCAAUAAGAGGAAUUCUGAUCGAGUUCGAAGAACCAAGAUUGACAUUGAUGCUGGGCAUGUCACUGAUGUUCACAAUUAUAGGAUUUUUGUAGCAACCUGGAAUGUUGCUGGAAAAUCUCCUCCAAGUUAUUUGAAUCUUGAAGAUUGGCUUCAUACCUCUCCUCCUGCUGACAUUUAUGUUCUUGGGUUUCAAGAAAUUGUUCCUCUGAAUGCUGGCAAUGUCUUGGGUACAGAAGACAAUGGCCCAGCCAGAAAAUGGUUAGCUCUUAUUAGGAAGACUCUAAAUAGUCUUCCUGGUGCAAGUGCUGGUUAUCAUACGCCUUCCCCCACCCCUGAUCCAAUUGUAGAAUUGGAUGCAGAUUUUGAGGGUUCAACAAGGCAGAAGGCCUCAUCUUUUUUCCAUCGUCGCUCCUUUCAAUCAUUGAGCCGCAGCAUGAGAAUGGAUAAUGACAUGACAAUGCUACAACCUAGACUUGAUCGACGUUUCAGUGUCUGUGAUAGGGUCAUAUUUGGGCAUAGACCAAGUGAUUAUGAGCCCAAUUUUAAAUGGGGCUCCUCAGAUGAUGAGAAUGGACAUGGGGAUUCACCAGGUACCUCUCAUUAUUCACCAAUUGACUAUGGUGGAUCCUUCUCAUUAGAGGAUAGAGAUAGGCAAAUGGGGCAAUCAAUGUACUGUUUAGUUGCCAGUAAGCAAAUGGUUGGAAUAUUUCUAACAGUAUGGGUAAAGAGCGAUCUCAGAGAUGAUGUUCGCAACAUGAAAGUGUCUUGUGUGGGUAGAGGGUUGAUGGGUUAUCUCGGAAACAAGGGUUCAAUUUCAAUUAGCAUGUCAUUGCACCAAACAAGCUUUUGCUUCAUCUGUAGCCAUUUAACAUCUGGGCAGAAGGAGGGAGAUGAGCUACGAAGAAACUCUGAUGUCAUGGAGAUCCUUAGGAAGACAAGGUUUCCUAGAGUUCAUGGUAUAGGAGAUGAAAGUUCCCCUCAAACAAUUCUGGAACAUGAUCGAAUUAUUUGGCUUGGGGAUUUAAAUUAUCGAAUUGCCUUGUCUUACCGAACUGCAAAGGCACUUGUGGAGAUGCGCAACUGGAGGGCAUUGUUAGAGAAUGACCAGCUUAGGAUAGAACAGAGACGGGGACGAGUCUUUCAGGGUUGGACUGAAGGGAGGAUAUACUUCCCUCCCACAUACAAGUAUUCUAACAAUUCAGACCGAUAUGCAGGGGAUGACAGGUGCCCAAAGGAGAAGCGAAGAACCCCUGCAUGGUGUGAUCGCAUAUUGUGGUAUGGAAGAGGCCUCAAUCAGUUAUCUUAUGUACGUGGGGAAUCAAGGUUCUCAGAUCAUAGACCAGUUUAUAGCAUAUUUUUGGCUGAGGUUGAGUCAAUAAGUCGCAGCCGAAUCAAGAAAAGCAUGAGUUGUUCAAGUUCCAGAAUUGAAGUGGAGGAGCUACUGCCACAGGCACUUGGAUACAGUGAGCUCAAUUUCUUAUAAGAGAUGGUUUCUGAUGCUGACUCAUGCAAGCAUGCUCAAGAUAGUUGAAGGAUGAACUGCUCUACAGCCCAAGAUUCGUUAAUAACAAGUUCUUUUGUACAGAAUGCAGUUGCUUAAAAUUUCAAACUUUAGUUGGUUUCCUUAUCCUGACACGUGGGCGAUGUUGAUGAGAAACUCUGCCUUGGUGGUGAAAAGAGACAUUCAGUUGCCUAAGUCCAAUAAAGGUACAAGUUGAGUAUACUUUGUCAAAUAACUGCUGGCCCGAAAAGAUUGCAACUAGACUAUUUCUUACACAACAAAGAAAGUGCUGAUUUUCAAACAUAUCUACCCUGUCUCAGCACAAGUAUGUGGGCGUAAUAGUAAGGAGAAGACUUGUCAAGUUGAGGAGCUGUUUACAGAUCUAAUUUGCUGAGAAUUCAGUGGUGUAUCUUUCUUUCCUUUUUUUUUUCAAAAAAAAAAAAAAAAAAAAAAACAAUUUUUUAUUAGUUUAGAAUUUUAGUGAAGCAAGUGCGGGAUGUGAUGGGUACCCAUCACAAAUUUAAAGAAGAGUUGAAGUUGUGAUAGAUAUGAAGCUUCUUUUUCUGUUGCUGCUAAUGACUUUACUGAAAAGGAAAAGAAACUUACUGGAUCAUCUCUAUUGUCAUUUUAUCUUUUCUUCUGAAGACAAGCUGAAUUUUAAUCAGGACAUGAAAAGAAGUAAAGAGGGAGGGAAAAAGAAGGCAAACAAACUUGUUCCUUCGUUAAGGCAUGUCAGGUGGUUUAUCCAGGAUGUCCUUGUAUUGUAGAGUUCUGAAUUCCAACUUUUUUUGCCUUUUUAGGGGAAAUUUUGCCCCUAUCAGAUAGCUGUUUCUUUAGGCAUCAAAUGAAAAACCAAAGGGUAUUGAGAAAUAUUGGGUGUCAAAACUUAAUAUUAUUGGUGCUUUUGUACUUGUUCA